UACAACCGCUUCCUCUGGUUAGGUCUCCGGAUGGACAGGAGAGGGUGAAACUUCGAAAUACGUUUUAACUUGGAGAUCAUCAUCAAAUUAAACUGUACAGUGGGCUCUCGACGAAUAUAUAUUUCGUUUAUUAACCUUGUAUUUUGCCCGCUUCAUUGCAUAUUGUUAGUUAACCGCUGUUAUCCCAGCGAUAGCUGUGCAGUCAAGACCGCCGUGUUAGCUAGCUAGUUGGCUAGCUAGCGUCUAGCCCCUCUUUUGCUCCACCGUGUUGACUUCAUUUCUGAGGGAAAAUACCGCAUUUAACAGAAUCCAAUGGCCGAAUCUGAUAAGUUGAACAUCGACUCGAUCAUACAGCGUCUUCUUGAAGUGAAGGGUUCCAGACCGGGCAAGAACGUCCAGCUGACGGAGAAUGAGAUCCGUGGCCUGUGCCUCAAAUCCCGCGAGAUCUUCCUCAGCCAGCCCAUCCUGCUGGAGCUGGAGGCUCCACUGAAGAUCUGCGGCGAUGUGCACGGUCAGUACCAUGACCUGUUGAGGCUGUUUGAGUACGGUGGCUUCCCUCCCGAGAGCAACUACCUGUUCCUGGGGGAUUAUGUGGACCGAGGCAAGCAGUCCCUGGAGACCAUCUGCCUUCUGCUGGCCUACAAGAUCAAGUACCCCGAGAACUUCUUCCUUCUGCGUGGCAACCACGAAUGCGCCUCCAUCAACAGGAUAUACGGCUUUUACGAUGAAUGUAAGAGGCGGUACAACAUCAAGCUGUGGAAGACCUUUACAGACUGCUUCAACUGCCUACCUGUCGCUGCCAUUGUUGACGAGAAGAUCUUCUGUUGCCAUGGAGGUCUUUCCCCAGACCUCCAGUCUAUGGAGCAGAUCAGGCGUGUGAUGCGGCCCACGGACGUGCCGGACCAGGGCCUGCUGUGCGACCUGCUGUGGGCCGACCCCGACAAGGACGUGACGGGCUGGGGGGAGAACGACCGCGGAGUCUCCUUCACCUUCGGAGCCGACGUGGUCGCCAAGUUCCUACACAAGCACGACAUGGAUCUCAUCUGCAGAGCACAUCAGGUGGUGGAGGACGGCUACGAGUUCUUUGCUAAGCGUCAGCUGGUGACUCUCUUCUCUGCGCCAAACUACUGCGGAGAGUUCGACAACGCCGGAGCCAUGAUGAGCGUCGACGAAACACUCAUGUGCUCCUUCCAGAUCCUGAAGCCUGCCGAUAAGAAGCUCUACUACAGUGGCGGCGGUGGCUUUGGUUCUGGAAGACCUGUGACUCCGCCCAGGAACUCUGCCAAGCAGGGAAAAGCCAAGAAAUGACACGCCCCCAUGUUCCUUCCUCCCUCCCUUCUGCACUCAUCCGUUCCCUUCACCUUCCUCCAGCUCCUCUUUUCCUCUACUCUACCUCUUUCUUCUUCUCUUUUCUACCUCUUCUCCUCCUCCUCAUCCACCUGUUUUUUUUCUCGUUAUUGAUGUCGUUUUUGUUGUUACAUUCUUGUUUUUCUCUCUUUAUUCUGCUCAAAUGCUAUGCCUUUCCAAAUCCUUUUUUUCUUUUUCAUUAUUUUCUUUCUUUUUGUUUCUUCCCUCUGUUUCCUGGUUCUGUCUGGAGUCCAGAAUCGGCCCUGGCCAGCUGCAUCUGGUCUGGAUCCACAGAGUACCACGGAAACCUAAAAUGUUCAGCACCAAAUGUCCAAAUUUUAAUCAGAAACACCAUUUUCAUCCCAAAACUACCUGAAAACAGGGCUUUGCGUGCAAAAUGGCAAACCAACCCUUAAAUGGGUGAUUUGGUUUGGUUAUUUCCACCUUAAGCUUUUUUUUAAACAACUUUGUGUGUGAAUGUGCGCGCAUGGGAGGGGCAGGGGUGUAUUUGGGCCUGUACAUUCGCUUACCAAUGGGGUGUGUGUGUGGGGUUUUUUUGGGGGGGGGGUUUUUUUUUUUUUUUUUUCGUUUCUUUUUGGGAGGGGAGGGUGGGGGGGAUUGGAUGGGGUGUGAAUCAUGCAUUCACACUUGGAAUUGGAUGUCUGACCAAUUACUGAUUGGUCGUGUGUGUGUGUGUCUGUCUUAAUGUCUGUCUGUCCGUCUGUGUUGGAGUAAAAUAAAAGCAUUUCCCCCCGGGCUGCCUGUAA